AUGUGGUCGCAUGGGCUUGCAUUCGCCCUCUGCGUCUUGAUAGCUUAUGGUCAAGAUGACAGCCUUGGCCUUGGUGAUGGAUACUUAAACUUUUCAACUUCCAACUUUGACUUGAAGCUAGUCAAGGACUCUCAAGUUCUUGCUUCCCUGAAACCAGCAGGUGAUACUUUUGACUUCCUGCCUUUCGACUAUAUUUCUUACAGAGCAGAGAACGGUCAGUAUCACAAUGGCGACGUCACAUACCGUUAUCGUCUGUCCGGAGCAACAAAAUGGCUUUCAGGCGAUUCAGCACAGGACCGAAAAGCUGUAGGCAGUGUUGAAUCAAGUUCAUUGGCUGCCGCAGAUCUCAAGGCGACACUACCAACAGACUCACCAAUUCAAGUUACGCGAGAAUGGCUCGACUUUGAUGGUGACCUGGGAUUGAAGUUUACCCUUACCAAUAAAGGAAGCAAAAGCCUAGAGAUUGGCAGUCUGGGUUUCCCGACCGAGUUCAAUAGCAUAUUCACGAACCGCACGGCUGAAGACAUGGCUGCGAAAUGUUCGCUAACCGAUCCUUACAUUGGGAUGGAUGCAGGAUAUCUGCAAAUCACACCGACUUCAGGUACAGGUGCUGCACUAAUUGUUACACCUCUUGUCAACACUAGCACUGGCUUGGAAGCUUGGAGGAACCUGAAUGAACUCAAUACCGUUCCAUGUGAAUAUGGAAGUCAGACAUUUGAAGGUUUCUAUGAGUGGCAGGUACAUACAAAGGCUUAUGCCGAAAAUGAAUGGUCUGGGGUCACGCCUUGGAACCCGCCCAGCUCACAAAUAUUGGAGUCUGGGGAUUCCACGACAUAUGGGCUCCGAUUCUCUAUUGUCAAAGAUGGGAUACGAGGAAUUCAAGAAGCAGUACGGUCUACCAAUACUCCUAUGACAAUUGGUGUACCGGGAUAUGUUGUUCCAAGCGACCUGACAGCACAGUUGCAUGUUUUCUAUUCGGACAUUGCCAAAAUUGAAUCAGAGGAUAAUGCCUUCGAAAUCAAACAAGACUCAAGCGGCAUAGUAACUCUGGUACCUACCGGCUCAGUCUGGGGUCGAACAAGGGUGACCAUUACAUACUCUGACAAAAAAGUUCAAACAGUCCAUUAUUUUAUUACAGACUCUGCUCCGGGGGUUAUUAAAAAACUUGGUCAAUUCAGUACUACAUCGAUGUGGUUCAAUGAUACGAGCGACCCAUUCAAACGAGGUCCCUCAAUCAUAACUUGGGAUGAUUUGGUUCAAACCCAAGUUCUCCAAGAACCACGAGUCUGGAUAUCUGGGCUGAGUGAUGAAGGUGGUGUUAUUUAUCUAUCUACUGCAAUGAAGCAAUCUGGUCUUGCAGACGAGUCCGAAAUUGCAAAGCUGGAACAAUUUGCUUCAGAGACCCUGUCGACAACGAUCCAAAACUCAGACUUUACUGUUCGCAAGAGUAUAUUCUUCUAUCAACCCGGCCAGGUUCCCGGAUAUCAAUACGACUCUUCAAUUGACUGGACAUACUCGUGGAACAAAGAUGCAUCUUAUGCUACAGAUCGUGCGUACGACUAUGUUCAUGUUCUUGGCGCCUAUUGGGCUCUUUAUCGUGCGGGAAGAUACAACGAUUCUCUCCUUAAGAUCAACACAUGGCAGUGGUAUCUCAGUCAAGCAUACAACACUACUAUCACUUGCUUUGCGACAGACUUGUCUGCAGAUGGUAACAUCGGCUACUCCCGCCUAGGCUUGAUGGGAGAGACUGUUGUUGGCGAGGUACUUACUGACUUGCAGCGAGAGGGUUGGACGGAUGAAGCGAAUGCUGUCAUAGCUUCUAUGAAGCUUCGGGCUAAUGCAUGGAACUCGGAAGAUGUUCCUUACGGUAGCGAGAUGGCCUGGGAUUCUACAGGUCAAGAGGGAGUUUACUAUUGGAGCAAUUACUUUAAUCUCACCAGCACGGCAACGAAGACCAUCAACAGUAUCAUUGGGUAUAUGCCGACUGUAUCUCAUUGGGGAUGGAAUGGGAAUGCUCGACGCUACUGGGAUUUCUUGUAUGGCGGAAAGUUAGAACGAAUCGAGCGCAUGAUACACCACUAUGGGUCUGGUCUGAAUGCUCUUCCCCUCCUCUCCCAGUUCCGCCAAAGUCCCAAUGACACUUAUCUUCUUCGGGUGGGAUACGGCGGGAUCACUGGUCCUCUAACAAAUAUCCGACAAGACGGAUCUAUGUACAACGCCUUCCAUUCGUAUCCCGAUACACUUCGGGGCGAUUACUACUCUGGAGAUUACGGCCCAAACUUCCUUGGAAUGAUGCUCGGAUCUGGCUGCUAUAUUGCUGAUGAUCCAGAUCUAGGUCUGGUGACGUAUGGUGGUAACAUGGAUCAGUCAGGUAGCUCUAUUACGGUCCAACCUCGCGAUGCUUUGCGUCAGAGAGUAUAUAUUGCUCAGAUGGGUGUAUAUGUUACUAUUAGCACUGGGCAAAUUUCGGAGUUCUCAUUCGAUUCCUCCGGUGCAACAUCUCUUCGAUUGAGCAUUGUUCCUGGUCCAGCUAAAGCCUCUACUGCUGUUGUUUGGGUUGAAACUCCUGGAACAACAGACAACUAUGGAAUCGCGAAUGGUAAAAAGCUAAGAGAUGGCUGGAGUAUUGAUCUGAACAGUGGGAAAGUUAGCGUGACAGUUUCUAAGCUGUGA